CUCCUCCAGAUGGGUCAUCCACCCCUGGGGCAGGAAGGCCUGGAGGAAAGGGGAACGCGCAGGGAGUCUCAUGGGAGAGAGACAGGAGGAGAGAGGAACUCCCCAGGGAGAGGGAGGGACUUGGUCGCAGUGCUGACUUCCCUGUGCCAAGGUACCCUCCGGGCCUGGUGCUGUGCCUAGCUUGGGCACAGGUCCUGUGAAACAGCUGGUUGCGGAGGUUCCACAUGGGCUGCUGAAGAGGUGCUUAUAUAAUGGGUUUGGUGGAACUUUGAUUGGAUUUCUCCUGUGGGACCACAGCAACUGAUGCCCCUCCCUUGGUACCCCCAUUGGCUGUGGCACAACGGACAACAGAAUGUACAUGGAGGGAAGGAUCAAGGCUCCUGGGGCCCAGCCAAGUCCUGGCAUAAGCACCACCAGCAAGAGGCCAGGUGCUGAACCCACCAUGUCAGGAGUCAGCCAGGUUGAGUAUCCUGAUGCUACAGGGAUGGACAGUGGGAAGCCGCCCUCAUCAACUCCAGGAGGGCCAGAAAAGGGACCUAGACACAGGGAAUCCUCAGAGGAGGGUCCUCUGGAGCUCAGGACCCAGGAGCAGACGCAUCCGGCAGGACCAAGGAAGAAGCAGUCAACUCUGGCCCCCCAGGAAGGGCCCAGGGAGCUGCAAGCAGGCCGGAGUCAAGCCAAGCCAGGAAGUGAGCUGGGGGUGCUGCCUUCCAGGGUCCCUGCAGCACAUGAAGGGAAAGAGACUGAGCACCAGCAGGGGAGACAGCAGAACCCAGGGAUGGUGAAGGGUCAGGCCCUCCAGAGCCACCAGGGCCAGGAGUGUCAGCCCACCCCAGGUCACCAGGCCACUCAUGGGGCAGACACGGUGCAACCAGUGGGGAUUUCUUGCACCUUGGACAGCGGUGGGCAGCCACAGGGAGACAAGCUCCCCAAGGAGGUGGACACCCCACAUAUCAGGCCACAGGAGGACAGUGCCCAGGAGGCAGGGCCCCUAAUGCCCUUGGCAACUCCGGAGGAAAAUACAGCCAACUCUUUCCCGCCAUCCACGCCAGGACCUGACCCACCCAAAGGAAGGGUCAAGGCUGUGGAGACCCAGCCAGCACCAGGGCCUAUUCCUCCACCAGAGGUGAGGGGCAUUGGACAGAGGAGGGAUCCGGACCCUGUGCUGAAGCAGCCUCAGAAGCCCACGGUAGCCACGGGGGCCCAGAACCUUGGGAACCUUCGGCAGGGCUUCAUGAAGUGCUUGCUGGAGGUGGAGGAGGAGGAGGCCACGCAUCGGAGGGCUGCCAAGGCCCGGGCCCUGCCAAACCGGAAGUCCCCCAGGACGCUGACCCCCGUGCCCACCUCAGCCCCAAGCCUGCCUCAGACCCCCGCCUCGGCCCCUGCGAUGGCCCCAUCCUGGGCCCUGUUGCCAGCCCCCGGGCCAGUCCCCGCGCCCACCCCCGUGGGAUCCCCAGCCCCGGCCUCGGGGCUGGUCACAGCCCUGCCGGCCCCCACCCUGGACGUGGGCUGGAGAAGGGCUGAACUCUUGCACCCGAGCGGAGAGAGGAGCCUGAGCAGCACCAGGACACGGCAGGAGCUAGAGGAGCGCCGCCUCCUCAAGCUGGACCAGAACUGGGAUGCGAGGUUCGAGGAGCACCUCACCCUGAGGCAAGAGGAAGCCUUCCGCAGUUACUUUGAGAUCUUCAAUGGCCAUGGCGAGGUGAACGCCCAGAGCCUGGGGAACAUCCUGCUGCUCGUGGGCAUCUCCCUCUCGCCGGCGCAGGUUGAGGACGCCCUAAAGAGUGCUGACAUAGAUGGAGAUGGUCAUGUAGGCUUCAAGGACUUCUUGGCUGUGAUGACAGACACCAGGCGCUUCUUCUGCUCCAUGGAGCAGAACGCCCUGACGGACAUGGCUCCCCCAAACCCCCACACUCUGCUCUUUGAGAUCCUGUCCCUGCUGGUGGAGAUGCUGGCCUUACCGGAGGCAGCCUUAGAGGAGAUCACCAACUAUUACCAGAAGAAGCUGAAGGAAGGCACCUCUAAGACCCGAGAGAUGGAGUCGGCCACUGGCUGGCUGCGGUCCCAGAAGAAGCUUCCCUACAACCCCCAGCAGUCAUACUUGGAAGUCCCAGAACGAAGGGUCCUCAGGAUCCUGAGCCGGCUGAAGCAGCAGAACUAUGAUGCCAACCUGCAGAGCCCCUACACGCAGGUGCCCUGUGUCCCACUCUGCCCUCGGCUGGAAAAGAAGAUGAACCGUCGGAAGCAGGGUAGCCACUGCGUGCUGGACCCGUGCACCCCCACCAACCUGGGCCCUGACAUCCGGAGACUCCUCUUCCAGUCAGGAUCUCAGGGAAGCAGGUGGGUGCCCAGAAGGCAGGAGCUCCAGCCCAGGCCCAUCCCACCUCCUUUUUUCACAAGGCCCUGGCCUAACCCAAGGGGAAUCCAUCCUUCCAGGAGAUGAUGCCCGGGAUACUGCUGCUCCAGGGAGGAAAAGGGGGAGAAGGGGGAAAGGAUGGAAGCAGUAAGGAGCUAAGCUUUACUGAGGGCCCACGUGCUGCACCGACUGUGCUUAAGUUAGGGCACUUCUGCCUUGCUGUGCCCAGACUCAGUGGCACAUACCGUCUUUCUCUCAGGCUGGUACCACCACGUAGGGGGUUAGCUCGCAAGUCCUUUGACCGAGUCUGACUCCACAUAGGAGCGGUAGGAAACAGGCUUGACUGCUGGAUGGAGGGAAGCUUCCCCUGCCAGUCCUCUUCUAGGCGCUUUGGGGGCAAAAGAACUCAGGACUUGCAAUCAGUCCCCUGAGCCCAACUACUUGGCUCCAUUGCUUCCCAGGGAAGCCACCUCUCCCCUGGGGCACCUGGGAAUGGCUCAUUUCCUCCCACCCUUCUCCUCACCUCUCUCCCUAGGGAACACGGCUCUGAGAGCAGAAAGUGGCUCAGCUCUGUGCCGGCUCAAACCCACUGACCUCUGGAGUCCUGACUCUGAGCAGCUGUUCAAGACCUGCAGGUGGACAUGUCAUUAGGCAGGUAUCGCCGCUGGAUUUUGCUUUUGCGGCCUGGUAAGCCAAUAAACACCAAGAACCUUGGCCUGUGUGUCCAGUGCCAGGGGAGGCCCCCAGGUUUUCACCCCUCCACUUGGCUCUCAGAGUGCAGGGCCCCAGCCUCCCUCAGGCUUAGGAAACCCUGAGGCAAGACACACCUUGAAACCCUGCCGGGGUUGGGGAUCCUGCUAGAGGGACCCUGGGUGCAAAGUUUUGACCUUCUAUGCACUCUCAAAGCACAGAGCUGGGACUCUCUUCAGAUAAGUGUCUCCCCCAAAGGCAGAGAGCAUCUCUCCCCACUUGCUUGAAGGGAAUGGUGGGGAAGAUUCUGGACCCUAAAAGGGGUAGACAGACCCUGCAGAAGGGCAGAAGGGGUCUCAGCCAUGCUCUCACCAAGACAGCCCCAGGACCCAUGGGGGCCCUUCUCUUGGAACCUAAGGGUGUGUGGGUCUUUGCCCCCCACAACCCACACACCACCCCAGGCCUAUUUCUCUAACAAAGGGAGAGCCCCUCCCUGGGACUGAGCAGAGGUAGCUCCCCCAGUGGUUAAACAAGCAGGCACAGCAAGAGGUUAGGAGGCCAGGGACUGAAAUGAGGACAAGGCACUGACAAGUUUAAAACAUGUAUUUAAAAUACAAUUUAUAAAAUGCUUAAUCUGCCGACUCAGGAGCCCGCGGUGCGGGGUGCGGGGGGUAGGCAGCUGCCCGCUAGACCAGCAGAGCAGGACUGCAGGGAUGCGGCCCUCCCUCCCAUGCCCUUCUGUUCAGACACCCAAGGGGCCCAUGUGCACCCCUGGAUCACACGACCAGAAAACAGGACCCCAGAGGUUUCCAGAGUCUCUGCUUACCAGGGAGGCUGGGGCAGCCCUGCCGGCCCAUCCCUGAGCAGAGCAUACCCACAUGGGGCAGAGCAGGGUUUGGCCGGGCUGGACAGGGCAGGGCGGGGCGGGGCAGUGGGCUCUGGAAAGGGCUGAUGGUAGCAGAUAGGGUGUUGCCUCCUGCCUGCAGGUGGGGAGCACCCUGAUUGAGUGGGCUGAGAAGGGUUGGUCACCAGGCCUGGACCCCCAGCUCCUUUGGUUAUAGGCUGACAUCAGAGUAGUGGCUCAUGGGAAGCGGUUAGCUGGAAGGUCUGAGGCCUGGCUCAUGGGGUCAAGGAGGAGCUGGGGGAAGGGGACAGUACCAUGAAGGCAGAUAAAGGGGCAGCAGCCUCAGGUUUCUGCCCCACCCCCACCCCCCUGGGGUUUUCCAAGCCAAAGCCUGCAGCUUACUUUAAAAAAAAAAAAAAAAAAAAAAAAA